AUGGCUACCACUGCCUUGAAAGCAGAGCCUAUCCAUUACACUUUCCCGGAGCAGCUAGAUCUUGAGGCACGCGAUCUGGAUCUCGAGAAGCAUAGCAUCGAACUUCGCACUAUUAGGAUUGUCCCAGUUCUCGCAACUUUCGAAGAUCGCACCCCGCAGAGUGGUCCAAAGACUGCCCUAGGCGUUUACAAGGGGCUUAAUUUUCAGGGGAUGACACUUAUAAAAGCAGGAGUUGGAGUUGACGGUGAUAUUAUCUCAGGCGUGGUGCCCUACAGUAGGCAAAACACGGUAGGGCUUCCGAUUGUUCCGCUCGGUGGCGUGGGAGCUGCCAUUACGACAACGUAUGCCGGCUCGAACGCUGUGAGUUUCGAUCUCAACAGUUUGUGGUUCGGCUGCGUUCUUGGCACCGUUGAUAACGUUGUCUCGGCCCCCAUUAAUUGCAAGAUCGCCGUUGGUGGCUAUGACGGUACUGGCAAGCGUAUCGGCUUCGAGCAAUUUAUCUUCACUCCACCUGCCUUGUCCCUCCGGGCAAAUAUGAUCCAAGCUAGAUUCGACAACACCUUCAAGGGCGUCAGUCGGGUUGUUAUAACAACAACCUACGAGAGUAUUAGGCAGCUCGGAGUUACUCUGAUGGAUAACAUCGAUUAUAUCGUAUCUGCCAAUAUUACCAAAUAG